AUGCAAAAACCACUCAUUUCUAAGAUACCGGAUUUUUGGCUGACUGUAUUUAAAAAUAGUCCAGUUCUUAGAAAAAUCAUAGAACCACACGAUGAACCAAUUCUUAAGCACUUAAUUGAUAUUAAAUGCAAAAUUAACAAUGCACUGGUCCAAAUGGGAUUUACACUAGAAUUUGUAUUUUCGCCAAAUGCAUAUUUAAAAAAUAAUAAAUUAAAAAAGGAUUACAUGCUGAAAUGGGAAUACUAUUUGGAUCAACCAUAUGGUGGAUUAGAUAUUUAUUCUGUACGAUACUAUCCUAUAAGCUGGCAUGGAAAUAUGGAUCCAACGGUACAAACUGUUGAGUUAUUUAAAAGAUUUAAACACAAAUAUUUAUGUUACAAUAUCAAAUUU